AAUUAAAAAUUUCAUACAUAUUUUUAUAACAUAAAUAUGAUAGGAAGAUCAACAAAAGUUGUUCAAGUGUAUUACACUAGGAUAAGAUUCUGUGGGGGAAGUGGAAUGGAAAUAUGAAUUCAAAGAGAAAAGGAUUAAAAUUUUUAUUAAAGAAAAGCUUGUUCAUAUUUUUUAUUUGAUAUUGGCCAUCAAAUCACUAUAGUAUGUAUUGAUAGAUCCAUUGGAUAUAUUUUAAAUAGUGAUGGAUAUAUUUAAAGGAGUGAUGUAAAAGUUUACUUUUAUAUAUGAUAUACUAGAAAGUACAACAUUUGAAGUUAUUUAAACUUGUGGUAAAAAGUUUUCAAUGUCAACGUAAAAAUGUGUGAAGGGGGUACAUAGCUUUUCAAAAUCCUUUUAGGGACUAUAUGAACAAAUAGUUUUUAAAGUUACUAAUCAACUACGUCUGAGGAGGAGAAACCAGAAAAGAAGUCUAAGAAGGAGGGAAGAAGCAAAAUCAGAUAGUACCAACCUAAAGGCCUAAUGAAGAAAAUAUUUCAAGAUGGAAGAAGAAAACUUUGUCAAAUGAUGAUAACAGAUGAGUAAAAUGAGGGCUGAAAAUUGGCCAUUGUCAUCGGAAACAUGGCCAUCUUAAGGUUCCAUGACAAGAGAGGUUUCAAUGGAACAAUAAAAAUGAAAGCCUUAUUAGAAUGGGGCAUGCAGAAAAUGGGGAUGUGAAAGCAGUGGGCAACUCCUUUUAGGCAGUCUAAUAUAAAGGGUAACAGCAUUGGAGCAAAAGAGGAAGAGGGAUGUGAAAUCCAGGGAGGGAGAGAUCUAUGAAUAACAAGAGGUGUUAAUUACAGGACCCAAGUCUUAUAUAGACAAUAAGGGAUAGGAUCUAGUGUACAAGUGGUGGAUUCAGACUUAAAUAGCAGAAGGUACAUCCAGUUCAUCCAGUGUAACAGGAAGGGAGACAAAGGUAGAGGUAAAUUAAAAGAUCUGGUGUGUAAAGUAGAGUAUUCUUAAAAGUUUCUAGUGAUGUAAAGUCAACAGCUGAGAGUAAGAAAGAGGAGAGGAUUUUGGAAGAGUGAAGAGAAUGAAAUAGCAAUAGGAAUGCUGUAUGGUGCUUAGAGCCUGUUUAAAAUGUGUGCUCACAACUUUGAGCUCAUUAGUUUUCUCUGGCAAGGUCCAGCUGCUCCUAUUGCUAGCUCAGAAUAAGUGGAGAGUUGGGUUUAACUAGAACUAGGAAUUUGCCCGCUGAGCUUCUCAGAGAGAGAGGAAAAUAGAGGAGGCAGAGAUAUAUAAGUUAGUGAUUAUGUGAUGAACUGUGAAAUCUAACCAGGGUAAGGAAGAAGUGACAGUAUGUGGGGGUUGAUGAAUGGUGAAAAAGUGAUAGGGCUAAUGUAUUGGAGACUCCAGUGGAGCAUCCUGCAGUAGGUGAGCCAAAAAGAGCAGGUGGUCAUCCAAGAGUCUAUGUAUCCCUAGGAUUAACCACUCAAUUGAUUCCUAAAUUUAGAUGGUGCACUUCUCUUUCCAUACUCUCCCUUAGGGAAAAUGGAAGGGAGGCGGUCAUCACCAAGAUAGUUCUCAAAUCUGUAUUCUGUGGCCCUGAUCUCUUGGCUACAUCUCAGUUCUUCAGUUUCAAAGCCUGCAAGCAUUGCCUGGAUUCUCCACCAGCACUUCAUACUAAUUAAAUUUCUCUAAACAGUUUCUCUUUCAAGUUUGCAUCUUCUGGACUACUAUUCUUCUUUUUUGAUUCUUCUCUGACUGCUUCCUCUCCAUGACUCCAGUUUUAAUCAUUAUCAAAUAAGUUAGCUUAUAAAAUAUUUAUUGGAUCCAUCCCCCAUCUGCAUUUCCAUUGUCAUGACUUUAUUAAUUAUUGUUAAUAGUAGCCAAAAUGUAUAAUCUUUACAAUCAUUUUUCCCCCUAACACCAGGUUUGUUUUCCAGAUAAUAGCCACAGACCUGGAAAACUUUUAGGGGGUUUCCAAUUCUUUUAGCACAAUGUCCAAUCUCUACAGCAUAGGCUCCAACCUUCUUUUCCAUUCUCACGUCCAUCAUUACCUCUUCUUGGGGUUUUCCUAGGGCCUAUCCAGUGCUCUCCCAACUCCAUAUCUUAUGCCUGCCUUUCCCCCUUGGAGUAUCUUCCUCUCAUAUCUGAAUAUUAAAAUCUUUUGGGCACAAACUUUAAUACUCGAUACCCUAUAAAAAUUUUACUUGAUCCCAGCUGUUGAAAACAAUUUGGCCUUACUCCAAACUUGCAAAAUAACUCUAUAUCUGUUAGUCAUAAAAAUAUCUUUAAUUUUUAUAGACAUAUAGCAGUGUUAAAGAUAUUUUUACAUGUUUUAUUUUAAUCCUUACAAAAAUGAAAUGAGGUUUUAUUUAGCACCACUUUAAAGAUAUGAAAACUGAAAAUGAGAGAAUUAACUUGUAUAUACUUGUCACUGUCACUCUUGCCUUUGAAUAAUUUAUAUGUUAAUUUUCCUACUUGUUUCCAUACUUUGUCCUCAAGGCACUGAGUCAAGGCUUUGCACUUAAUAGGCAGUCUUAUUUGAAUGAGUAGAAGACUGGAUUCAUGAAAGUAAAAGUGUUUUUCAUAAUUGCUAGUUGAGGGAUAUGUGUUUUUAAGUAAUUUGAGUACAUGUGAAUAACCUUUUUAAAAAUUGUGGCCUUUAUUAAGUCUGGCAGUAAGAAAAAGAGAAUCACCAAAGCCGACCAGUUGAAGCAGCUACAAGAGGAGGAGGAGAGACGACAAAAGGAGGAAGGUAUAAAACACACAGUGGUAACUAUUGUCACAUGCAGAGGAAGCCCGUGUGAAAUACGAAAAAGAAGAAAUGGAAAGACUUGAAAUACAACGAGCUGAGAAAGAAAAAUUGCGAAAACUUGAAGCAAAAGAUCUAGAAAGAAGAAAUGGAGAACUUGAAGAACUUUAUUUAUUAGAGGCAUGUUUUCCUGAAGCAGAGAAAUUGAAACGAGACAGUAGAUUGCUUUCUCAGUGGAAACACUACAUUCAAUGUGAUGGGAGUCCUGAUCCUUCAAUAUCCCAAGAAAUUAAUACUUUUAUUAGCUUGUGGAAAGAGGAAACCAAUGAGACUUUUGAGGCAGUGACUGCGAAGAGUAAACUAGUGCUAAAUUUAAUUGAGAAAUUGAAGUUAAUUUUAUUGGAAACUCCAUCAUAUGAUUUGCAAGAGAAAAAUAUAAUACAGUACCAAGGAUCAAUUCUAGAACUGCAAGAGCUCCUUCAUCUUAAGUUUAACAUAGCCACAGAAAUACUUCUCAGACAAGCUAGUACUUUAGCAGAUCUGGACAGUGGAAACAUGGAAAAAGUCAUUCGAGAUGAAAAUGUUACUGUAUAUGUAUGGGCAAACCUCAAGAAGAAUCCAAGGUACAGAAGUAUCAGAUUCUCUGAGACACAAACUGGAUUUGAAAUUCCAAGGAUAUUAGCAACAUCUGACAUUGCUCUGCGACUCCUACAUACUCGCUAUGAUCAUGUCACGCCAUUAGGCCCUGUUCCAACAGCAUCACAAGAACACACUUCCGCGGUAACUUACUUUGGCAAAGACGAAGUUAAGAGUGUAGAAGCAGCAGUCAGCAAAGAUCUCCAAGAAGAGUAUAAAGAACAAGAAAAUGAGUCUAACUCAGUUCAUGAGGAAGAAACAAAAGUUGACGAACAAGGUGGUAUUGAAGGACAAACGAGUUCUGUCCAGGAAGAAUCUGAAGCCACAAAAUAUGAACUGGAGAUGAAAUUAUUAAGUGAAACAGUUUCAGCAGCGCAGUUGUUGCUGUUAGAGAAUGCCUCUGAAAAGCCAUAUUUCUUUGAAGAAAAUGAGGUUGAUUUAUGCCAAUUCACAGCUCUGGGUGGAGUGCACCACUUGGAUAUUUUGGAGCUUCCUCCACAGUGUAAACCGAGGAAGGGCUGGAUGAUUGUGGAAAUACUCAAAGAAGGAUUACAGAAAUAUACAUAUCCUCCAGAAACGGCAGAAGACUUUGAAACAGAAAACACUUUCCCACCCAUAGAGGUCAUGCUUCAGGUUCAUGAGAACGUGAUCUUUUUUGAGAAUCCUAUGGUUGCAAGGUGGGAUGCUGAAGGUAAACACUGGAAAACUGAUGGCAUCAGCAAUGUAUCUUACAAAUCGGAAGACAGACUUAUAACAUUCAGCCUGGACACUUUUGGCCCUGUAACCUUGAUUCAAGAUGCUCAUGUUAAUAUGCCAUACCAGUCAUGGGAGCUAAGACCACUUGAUGUGAAUAAAGUACUUCUGACUGUGACUACAGUAUUUACUGAGAUUCAAAUACAAAUUAAGGAAAACCUCUGCAUGUUAGCGUCAAUCAAACUAAAUAACAAAAAGCAUUCCUCUAUUUUGGAAGAAAAGUGGAUGACUCCUGUUUCUUUCAUUAUUGCUUUGAAAGAAGCUGGACUGAAUAUCUUCCCUACUGGACACUCUCACUUUUAUGUUGUUAUAAACUAUAAGCUUCCUUUGGUAGAAGUGAAAGCUUAUCGACAAAUGGCCCUGUUAAGUUCUGCUUUUGCGUUUGGUUGGAGCAAGUGGAAUACAGUAUGCAAUUCUGACAAAGUUGUAUUUCAGGUGAGGGAACACCUUCCUAAAGAAGAACCCAUUCAGAAUCCUAAUUGGACCCUUUUAAUGUUUAAUGGUGACAGGGCACAAAGCCUCAAAAUCAAUGAAUCCAGUGAUGCAUUCUCUGAAGCCCUUAAAGAAGAAACUGAGUUUCAUUCUACUUUAUAUCACAUGGUUAAGGAUUUUGCUUCUAAAGAAGCAAUGAAGAAAGUUAGGUGUUCCAGCUGCCAGUUUGUUGACUCUGUAUGCCACAUGCUACUCUCAACUAGAUUACUCAGCUAUUCUUAAUCCCCACUGAUAAAAUUUUAUUCAGUAUGAAGAAUGAAGCAACUUGGAGAAAAAUCCGGUAUUUCUACAAUAAAGUGUAAUGAGUGGAUAUAUGCCAAAUAGGCUGUUAAAAAUGAUCUAAUCAGCAUUUUACACUCAAAUUUUACUUUCUAAGAAUUAGGGUUUUUUUCCUUAUGCAUAUGUGACCUACUGAGACUUCCAACAUUCACUGUAUGAAAAUUUGAAUGGUUCUUUAUUUCAAUAAAUUUUAACAAACAAUAA